AUGUUGGCUGCAGCUUGUGGCAAGAUUGAAGCUGUAAAUUAUCUUUUAGACAAGGGAGCCGAUCCCUCUAUUAGAGACGAGAUUGGAAGUAAUUCACUGCACGCCGCUUCGCGGAAAGGUAAUGUCGCCAUCCUCGAGACACUAAUGUCACGUGGUCUAGAGAUCGAUCUAAAAAAUAAUACAGGCAAAACACCAUUUAUGUUCGCUGCAGCGUCUGGCAAGAUUGAAGCUGUAAAUUAUCUUUUAGACAAGGGAGCCGAUCCCUCUAUAAAAGACCGGUCAGGUGGAAAUUCACUGCACGCCGCUUCGCGGAAUGGUAAUGUUGCCAUCAUCGAGACACUAAUGUCACAUGGUCUAGAUGUCGAUCUAAAAGAUAAUAGCGGAACUACACCAUUGAUGUUGGCUGCAGCUUUUGGCAAGAUUGAAGCUGUAAAUUAUCUUUUAGACAAGGGAGCUGAUCCCUCUGUUAGAAACAAGUUUGGAACUAAUUCACUGCACGCUGCUUCACGGAAAGGUAAUGUUGCCAUCAUCGAGACACUAAUGUCACGUGGUCUAGAGAUCGAUCUAAAAAAUAAUACAGGCAGAACACCAUUAAUGUUCGCUGCAGCUUAUGGCAAGAUUGAAGCUGUAAAUUAUCUUUUAGACAAGGGAGCUGAUCCCGCUAUAAGAGACCGGUUAGGUGGAAAUUCACUGCACGCCGCUUCACAGGGUGGUAAUGUCGCCAUCAUCGAGACACUAAUGUCACGUGGACUAGAGAUCGAUCUAAAAGAUAAUAGCGGAGCUACACCAUUGAUGUUGGCUGCAGCUUGUGGCAAGAUUGAAGCUGUAAAUUAUCUUUUAGACAAGGGAGCCGAUCCCUCUAUUAGAGACGAGUUUGGAAGUAAUGCACUGCAUGCCGCUUCACGAAAAGUUAAUGUCGCUAUCAUCGAGACACUAAUGUCUCGUGGUCUGGAGAUCGCUCCAAAAAAUAACACAGGCAGAACACCAUUGAUGUUCGCUGCAGCUUAUGGCGAGAUUGAAGCUGUAAAUUAUCUUUUAGACAAGGGAGCUGAUCCCUCUAUAAGAGACCGGUCAGGUGGAAAUUCACUGCACGCCGCUUCACAGGGUGGUAAUGUCGCCAUCAUCACCAAAAUGCUUUCACUUGGUUUGGAUGUCAAUUCAAAAGAUGGGAUAGGUCGCACACCGUUAAUCUUGGCAAAACAAUAUGGUAAAACUGAGGCAGUAAACUUCCUACUUAGCAAGGGAGGACAUUAG